UUUUUUUUUCUUUCAACUUAUUAAUAUAUCAAUCAAGGAACUAACUUAAUUUAAUACAAUCUGAACAUAACUCCUUUUCUGUAUAACACGAUCUCAGAAGAAAAUUGCAAAUCUAUCGAUACAUCGUGAUGCAUCGAUAUAACAAUAAACAAAUAAACUGAAACACACGUGAAAUAUGUAGCGAAGGGAUAAUAAAGGUUCGUUCGAUGACCGAAAGCUGAUAAAACUUCAUAAAAUCAAGUGAUAAUGAAGUCGAAAAAUGUCGUAAAAGGUGAAAUUAUCUUUCAAUCAUUGCCAUUCCUCCCAAUUUUUAUUAUUCCCUUUCAAAAAUAACGAACAUUUUUUUUUCUUUUUAUAGAAGUUUAUAAAAUACCUCAAAAUACCUCAAAAGCUAAAAAGAGCCAGAAAAUCAGCAAAUGUGUACAAUUAGUAAUAAAACCACUCAGAAUUAUUCAAUUUGUGAGUAUCAGUCAAAAGAGAAAAUAAAUAAAAUAAAAAUUAAUUAAGAUAUAUAUAUUAUCUCGAUAUAAUUAAAAAUUAAAUAAAUGUGUGUGUGUUAGCUAGCGAUAUUCCUGAUGUUUGCACUUGUCGUUUAUGCGAUUACGUUAACCGACACCGAUUUUCCAUCCUUAACAUAUAUUUUACUCGUCGUCCUGUCUGGAGCCUACCUUAUCGUGCUCUCGAUUGAUCUAAUCAACCAAUUGGGAGGAGGAGAAUUUACUGGUAUACCGGUAAACAUUUGUGCGAACAAAUUUUCUCAUAAGUUGAAAAAUUAGUUUAAAUUUUCAUCUCUAUGUGAGAAUAUCACUAUAUAUUGCGAAUAUUUAUGAAAAUUUAUAUUUUCUCAUUAUAUUAGGAUGCAUAUAUAUAUAUGUAUAAAGAAAUCGUGCAAGAGAUUUUCAAUUGUUAUAGUAAUUUUUAUAUAUCUCUUUUUCAAUAUCGACUAAAUAUUGAAUCAAAAAAUAAGGAUUGUCAUAUUAAAUGGAAGAAGAAUCAUUUCAAGACACUUUCGUGCACUUCUUCUUCGUUUCAUAAAUAUUCGCAGACAAAAAAAAAUACAUAUGCAACAUAUGCGUCAAAAGUACAAAAUUUUCGAAGAAUAUCUUUAAUUGCAGAUAUUUCUGUUCACGUUACUGGGCACGAUAUUAUUUGCCGUAACUGGAAUUCUUUUGUUACUUUCUAACUUUACUCAGUGGUACAUAUUAACGAUAGCCUGUCUCUCGCUUUUCAUGUUCAUUCUCUUCGUGAUCCAAUUAGCACUGAUACUGAUGUAAGUUUCCACGUUUAAUAACGAAGUGAUAUUAAAGUUUCCAACGAGAUUUUCGUUCCCUUUGCCAGAUUUUGGAAACGUAGCUGUAGUAUCUGCCACCAUUGUUACCACCAGAAGAGACUGUAUCAGAAUGAAAUGUGCUCACCCUUAUGCGAAGUAAGUGUGUUCGAGAACAAUGAAUUCUAUUUUUUUCGAGAGAAUUUGUAUAAACUUUAAAAAUACCUAUCAUCCCUCACGAGAAACCAGACACUUUAUGUGACUAAAUGUAUUAAUUUUCACGUAUAACGUACUUAUAUGGUGUAAGUAAAUGUAUGAAUACAAUUAAAAAUAUAACAUAUCAUUCGAUAAAAAAAGAGAUAAUAACAGUGAUAUAAUAUGAAUAAGAUCCAUCGAUUAAUGUUAACAAUUAUAUUGUAUAAUAUUUAAUGUAACUAGUUCGAAGUAAUCUAUGUUCCUGGAGUGUCGCGUUUCUUUUAAGGUGUAUCUCUACAAUCUAGACGGUCAAACAUGACCUAAUGACCAGCGUGAGCCAGAUCAAAUUAUACGACGGCGAAGAGGUUGAUCACACUUUUAGAAAAGUUGCUCACGGAUACCGGCGACAAUACAUCGAUUGUUCAACGAGUGCUGAGAAAUUGAACCACGUGGAUGUUGCCGACAUUCAAACGGAACAUUAUCCGAUAGCGACGGCACAGAAUCAGACUCUUCAAGAGAUGAAAGAGAUGGACGUGCAAACACUGAGCAAGUGCGAGCUGUGCCAUCAACAGAUACAACUUUGCGCAAGUUCCUCAGCUUUGAUCAAGAAUCAAUUUCAAUGCGCAACUUGUCCCGCGUUUCUACAGCUUUUUAAAGGAAUGUCUUGUUCAAAAUGUAUGGCUAAAAAUACGAUGCAUAUGCCACGACAGAACCGGCAACAGCAGACACAACAACCGAAAUUCGACAAGGAAAUGAAGGGAAAGAUUGUGUCACAAUCUGCGAAGAGAAAGACUUCCAGCGAAAUGUUGACGAGUGGCCAGCAACAAAAUUCGAAAGUAGCGGGUUGCUCACCGAUGAUCACCAAACUCACCCUCGCCUCUUAUUGUAUCCCUCCGGAAAAAACUCACAUAUCGAGUCAAACUGCAUCGAAAACAAAGAACAACGAAGAGGGAUCGAAGAAAACGAGGUUGAUCGCGUUGAACAGAGACAACAAGAAGAGAAUAAAAAUAAAAGGGGCGAGGACGUCCCCGUCUAGCAAGACCUCGCAACAAAGCUCUCGUUCUCAGAUAAUCGAAAAUAAUGGAAAUAAGGUGAUCGAGAUCGGAUCGGGAAAUUCGAUAUCUAUCGUAUUGACACCGGGCAACGAUGCGAGAUCAAUGGAGACCAUCCACAGGAUAGUGAACAUGGGAUGCAAGAACAAUCCAUCCUCCCACUCGAAUCGAACGGAGGUUGUGGAACGGUUGCACGAGAUGGAGGAUGGGAAUAAGAGGGGGACGGUGCAAUCUGGCGCCGAGACGAUCCCCUCGAGUAAAAGAGCACAGAUCGAGAAACAAAUUACGAACGAGUGUCAAGGUACGUGCGACGUGAUGCAUUUGGAACCGGCCACGAUUAAUUCAGAAACGGGAACGGCAAAGAAUCCUAGAAACCUGGAGAAGAAUCUUGCAAUGAGACGGAUCAAAAAAGAAAAACUAGAGAAAUUGCAGCAAACUGAAUUGAUAAAUAGACGUGAGAAUGAAACGCAGACCGUAAAUGAUUUCGAAACUUUGCCAAGAAGUAAAAGAACUUACGCGAAAACUGUCCGAAAAAACAAAGUUAAACCCGCCGAUGCAUCAGGUAGCGAUAUGAGUAUCACGCUUGUGCCAUCGUCUAAUCCCACCUCGACGCCUUCCAUCCGCAAAAACAAAAAACUCGGUCUGCAGAACAGCGCCUCGUUUCACGAGAAAUACAUUAAUGUUUGCCCAGCUUGUAAAAGGCUGAAGAUACCCUUGAAAGGGCCACCCUUUCAGUAUUACUCCGUUAAUAAGGAUAAACGAGGACGAUUCUAUUGUGACACUUGUGCACCUGCAGCUUCGAUGAAGGUAUCGUUCAAAAGGACGGAUCAACAACGGUUAAAAUGUUGUACGUGUGGGAAUUAUUUGCGUAUAAAGAACAGUCAGACAACUCGAAACAGAUCUGACCAUUGUCCACAAUGUGAUUUAUCAUUAUGACGGCACAAAAUAUUUCAUCGACGUCGUAAAUUUUUCGAUAAAAAAAACUCGACGAGAUAUCAUCGUAUCAUCGCACUUAGAUAAUUAAGGAAGAAUAAUCCGUGUGUACAUAUAUAUAUAUAUACAAACGAGAAUUUUAUACUAUAAACGAAUCAUUCGAAAAUAUAACAAACAGUGUAGUAACAAGUAAGUUGAUCUUCGAAAAAUCUGUGAUAUUUAAUAUCCGUGAUCUUCUUCUAAUAUCAUUUUCAUUAUUCGUAGAUCGGCGCAAAAUGCUCUCAAUCGCACAGCAAAAAAAAUACAUCUUACACAGAACAAAUUAUAAACAAUCGUAUAAAGUAAUUUUUAAUAUUCCAAAACAUUAU